UGUGCUGUUCCGCGAGGUUGAGCGCGCGCGCGGUUGAGCAACUCCGAAUGAAAAAGUAGAGCGCUCGCUUCGCGUUCCUUUGAACUAUGGCUGCCUGUUCUCUUUGAAGCAGAACGGUGUGCUCUUUGCUAAGCGUGCGUGAGUGAUACAUUGCCAUGUGCGGGGCCAGCUUCCCACAGUUGAAGCAGAAUAUUACGCUACGUUUUGUUCUCUAUUGCUGCAAGAGUAGAACGGGCAUUCUACUCUCUCUCAGGAGGACAGAGUGAAAAGCACAUUUCACUCUCUCCUUGGAGACGGAGUGAACAAUGCAUUUCGCUGCACUCGACAUUUUGUGAGAGUAAAACAACGCUUUGAAGCGUAAAUCGGCCGCUUCACUCCUGCGAUACCAUCCCUAGUUUUUAGAGUGUAAUGCUGAACUGCGACAUUUUUAUUGUUGUACACGAUAUGGCACGACACUCUUCUGUUUUUUUUUGUUUUUUUUUUGACGGAGCAAUAGGCGUUCUGAUCGUAAAAUAAGUAUUUAUCCUACCUAAAGUCAAAUCUAGUGGUGACCCAGCUCGUAAUUAAAACUGUCCGUACCAUGUAUAAGCUUUUCCCGAGAGUUCACUAAGCGGGAAGGAUCAGGCUUUAACAAAUUUCAAAAGUGCGAAUUGCCUCAUGGUGACACAUGAGAUGUGACAGAAGGCAGCGUCGCGCAUAGUCCUGUGUAGCGUUGAGUGGCCCUUUACGCCUGGUUAACAAAAUGUGCCUUCACGCAGUUUCACGCUUAAACAGCUGCUGCCCCGUCUGCCGUCGCGGUGCCAGAGGCUCGUGGCGGUCGACAACUCCGAGGCCAUGUUGGACUUCGCGCGAGAGCACAGAGCUCACCCACGGAUCGAGUAUCUAACCCUGGACCUGGCGGCAGAAGAAGACGUCGCUCGAUUUGUACGCGAGCAGGGACGUUUCCAAAGGGUCUACUCGUUCCUGACGAUACACUGGACGGCCGACCAGCGUCGCGCCAUGCGGAACAUCGAGACGCUAAUGGCCCCUGGCGGGGAGUGCUUGCUCGUGUUCUCGGACACCAUAGUGCUGUUCGACAUCUUCAAGGCCAUGAUGACUGAUCCGCGCUGGUCGAAGUACUCAGAGAUUUUAAAAGCGUACAUCCCAGAGACCACUGGAAUGAAAGAUGUUAUGUCUCUGCGCUCGCACCUGGCCAGCAUUGUGAGCGCGACAAACCUCACUCUGCUUGCUUGCGAAGUGAUUCGAACCAAGGCCAUCAUGAACCUCAGCCCGAAAAAAUCUCCAGAUUUCUUCACCAUGCUGAGUCCGGUCUAUCCCCUGUUAGAGGAAGGCGAGAAAGCUGAACUGAAGCAGUUCACGGUCGAUUUUCUCCGCAAGCACAGGACCAACUCUUACGAAACACAGAUAAUGCUCGCCAUUCACGCCUACAAGUCUACCAACUGAAAAAACAAGAGGAAAGAAAUGCUUGUACUUUUUUCAUAAUUUUCGCGUGGAAAUUCCUAAUUGAGCGGAUCUGUCUUCCUCUUCAAAACUACCCUCUUACUAUAGAAAUCGUACGCCUCUCUAUUUUCCAAGCAUCCAAAAUAAAAGUGCC